AUGACUAUGGGCAUUUUGUGGGCUCGGCAGUUUCUAUGGUGCAGCGCAUCCUCGGGAGGAAUGAGGCUGGAUUGUGAUGGCUCACGGGAGUCCACGAAUGCCAAGAUCAACCUGGUGGACCUCGCAGGUUCAGAGAGGCACAAGUCCUCGGACUUCCAGGGCCACACCUUCAAAGAGGGCUGCGCCAUCAACCAGAGUCUCUCCGCCUUGGCCUUGGUCAUCAAGGAGCUGGGAGAGCAGCAGCAAAGUCGCGUCAUGAGGCAGCGCUCCAGGAGCAUGUCCAUCGACAAGUCUGCCGGGUUGGGCCCGUCGACGCCUGCGGCAGGGGCUCUGCUGGAGUGCAAGGAAGUCGUUCCCUUCCGCUCCUCCAAGCUCACGUUCCUUCUGCGGGACUCGCUCGCCGGGAACACGAGGAGCCGGAUGGUAGCUUGCGUCUCUCCUGCUGCCAUCAACGCCGAUGAGACGAUUAGCACCUGCCGCUUUGCGGCUUCGGUGAAGAAGGUGAGGACGAACGCCUGCGUCAACGUCGACCGCAAGAAGGGCGUGGUGCAACACCUGCAGGCCGAGAUCCGCCGGUUGAAGAAGCUGCUGGCGGCGCGUGGGGUGGAGGUUGGUGCACUGGGCGCAGGCUCUGUGCAGGAGGAGAUCGCCGACCGCGAGCGGGUCCUCAAAACUCUGAAGCAGAGCUAUCAGGUGCAGGUCGAGGAGGCCAGGCUGGGCAAGUGGCCAGCCACGCUGGCAGUGAAGAUUCGUGACUACUUGGCGCUCCCCGAGCGCCUGACUUUGGCAUGCGCAUCAAGGCAUGCGAACAUGCUUUGCGGCGAUGAGGAGGCGUGGGGCCAGUACGCCACGACCUUGUGGGCUGCCUUGUGGAAGUCGGCGGGCACCCUCCCGGAUGGAAACUGCGGCUGCCGUUUCAGUUCUCCCCAAGAAGUGCAAUCCGUCGACCCCAAGAUGAAAGUGCUAGGAUUGUGGCACCUUCAGUCUCUCACAACACUCGAGAUUGACGUGAGGACAACGACUAGAGAGUAUCGACGAUUGACCGUGGAGCCGCACGCGACCGUUGCCCAUGUGAAGAAGUUGCUCGAGCACCAGACAGGCUUUGCAAAGGAUCAUUGUGAGCUAAUCGUACGUCACACGGGCAAGACGCUUUCCCAUCAAGAGGCCCCAGUUGCGGCGUACCUUUGGCUGUCAUUCUGCAGAAGUUCCUCCGCUUGGCGGAGGCCGCCGAUUUUGGAAAUGACGAUCAAGCUGUUCCCCUGGUGCAGUGAAGCUCGAAUGUUAGAUGCAAGUUCGUGA